AUGGCUAGGUUACCGACUUUCUUAAUGCCGGUCUACGCGCCGCUGUGGACGCAUCGUUUGCAACGAGCCCUUAUCGUCCUCCUCAUCAUCGGCUUUCUCUACACAACAAACUACGUUAUUCUGUCCAGCUCGCCAGGAUGGAACACAAAUCCCCGCGGUCAAAUGUCGAUAGCUACAAAUCAUCCGAUUGCAAAGCUGGUCGCGCAAGCCCAGAAAGAGCACGAGGCGCUACUCGCCAAGCAACCCUUCGAUGUCAAGACUGCCGCGGCAAAUUAUCGCCGGGUGCGCGGCCGACACCCGCCUCCAGGCUUCGACAAAUGGGUGCAAGCGGCUCUCUCGAGCGAAUCUCCCAUUGUUGAAGAAUAUUUCGACAGAAUUUACAAGGAUAUUGCGCCGUAUUGGGCUUUGGACGCUGACGUGCUUGCUCACCGUUCCCAUGCCUGGGAGUUUCGAGUGCGUGUGCGCAACGGCACUGCUACUCCCAUUGGAAAAACACCCGUCAACUGGGUUGAACACUGGCAUAGUGGCGUUGAAAAGUUUGCUAUGCAUUUGCCUGAUCUCGACAUGCCUGUUAACGACAUGGACGAAUCACGCAUUAUUCUUCCCUACGAAAAGGUUGAUGAAUAUGUGGCGCAAGAAUUGAAAAUGAGAAAGCUGAUCGACAACGCAAAAGUUACAACCGAGUUCAAAGGUCGCGCUGAGCUCGAUAAGACAAGCCCAGAACCGUACCAACCAGCGUGGAUUGCCGAUGCUAGAUACUUCUGGGACACUGCCGUUGUAGGCUGCUCGCCAACCACUCCCGCCUACAAAUUGCCAUUCGACAUGCCAGAGCAGGCGGUAAUACCGACAAAUUAUAGCCCUCGGUAUACACAGCGAGGCUUUGUUAAAAACUGGACACUGGCUACCGACAUGUGCGAACAGCCACACCUCCGCUACCUCCAUGGCAGCUUAAUAGAGCCAGUUUCUAUGAAGACGACAAAGGAGCUUAUUCCUCUUUUUGGAGGCAGCAAAUUGACCGUUAAUAACGAAAUUUUAUUGCCCGGUGCCAAAUAUUUAACCGAAGAACCCAUGUAUACCAGUGGAGGGAACCAUGGUAGCACCUGGAAGGCAAAAGUUACGCAGCUUGUUUGGCGAGGAGUUGACUCUGGCGGCCGAGCAAAGCCGAACGGUUGGUUCGGUUUCCAGCGACAUCGGCUGAACAAGAUGUUCAACGCAACAACCGUCAAAGAGAUGGAACAAAGUGGAAUGCAGUCCAAAACGUUUUCGAUGCCUCCACAAAGUAUCUAUCAUAAUCCUCGUGUCGACAGUGGUCACUUGAGUGAAUGGAUAUCGAAACUGAGUGACACCGGCUUUGUUGAGCUCUGCGGUGACGGUGACUGCCCGUUUUUGCACGAAGAAUACAAGAUUGUUGAAAAAAUGGACAUGGCGGAUCAAUUUAAUCGCAAAUUCCUCCCAGACGUCGAUGGGAACUCGUUUAGCGCACGCUUCCGAACGUUCUUGGAGUCAACCAGUCUCCCAAUCAAGGCCACCAUCUAUGCAGAGUGGCAUGAUGAUCGCUUGGUGCCAUGGCUACAUUUCGUUCCCAUGGACAACACGUUCCAGGACAUUUACAAUAUCCUGGACUUCUUUUCUGACGGUGAUGGCCCUGGCGACAAGGCUGCAGAGUUUAUUGCCACUGCUGGCAAGAAAUGGGCCGAGACGGCUCUGCGACAACAGGAUAUGCAACUGUAUAUGUGGAGGUUGCUUUUGGAGUGGGCGCGUGUAUGCGAUCCCAAUCGCGAGACACUUGGAUAUAUUGAUGAUUUGAAAUAA